AGGUCAGUAUAACGCAUGCGUGUUGUGAUCGUGAACUCAGUGCAGUAUAGUGUGUGUGAGCAGCAGCUCGUGUGUGUUCCUGUGACCGCAGCAGCAGCAGCAGCAGCAGCAGGAUACAUGUGUUCCGCGCAGGACAGCGGCAGAGGAGGCGCGCAGAAGCCGGACUCGGGUUACAGGAGUCCCGGGCUCCGGGGAGUCAGAAGCACCUCGCUCUUCCGCGCUGUCAACCCGGAGCUCUUCAUCAAACCUAAUAAGCCGGUGAUGGCCCUGGGUCUGCUGAGCCUCACGCUGUGUGUGGGAUACCUGGGCUAUCUGCACGCGGUCAGAGACAACCAGCAGCAGCUGUACGAGGCCGUGGACAGCCAGGGAGAGAGACACAUGAGGAGGAAGAGCUCCAGAUGGGACUGACUGACCGCACCAUCAUCAUCAGCAUCAGCAUCAUCAGCGUCAGAGCUGCACCUCACUGGAUCGUGACUCAGGAAUCAUUUCUGUCUGUUUUCACUGAUACACAUGAUCUGGUCGUGUCCUCUGGUUCAUGUCACAUGGCUUUACACACGUCAAGUCAUGUAUUUUGUCUCAUAAUCCUCGUUAUACUGCACAAUUACCCGUAAUUACCAACCAACACUUAGUUACUACCGAUACAUACUGGUCUGAAUGAUGAGGCUGCAAUAAUAUAUCUUAUUAUGGCCAAGUUAAUAACAUUGACCUGAUAAAUGAGCCAUAUUUGUAAUCCAGUGAACAUACACGUUAGAGUCUACAAUAACCAUAUUUAUGAGUCAAUGACAAAUAAAGCCUCUAAAAGGUAUUAUUUGAAAGUCUUUUCAAAUGAAUGUAAUGCAUGUUUCGGAGUUUAGAACAAUGUGUUUAAGCAAGUUUCAUUUGUUAAAUAACAUUUAAAAAAUAUUUAAAUUCAUCUUUGGAUUCAGCUUUACCACCCAAUUAGUUUUGAAUUGUUGGUUUUUACUGGCUGGGUGUUCGGUUUCUUCAGGAUUUGAUUUGAUUUUACUUUUAAAGACAGAAAAAUAAUAAAUAAAUGUAUUUUUAAA